AAUGGCGGUAGCAGGGUGCAAGGUGUAUAUUCUAGCCCGUUGCUGCUACCCCUGCUGUUGCCCCUGCUGCUGCUCCUGCCGCCGCCCCCUGUACCGCAUGCCCCCCUGCUCCCUCCCCCCGCCCCAGCUGCUGGGAGGGUAUGGCCGCCAUGCGCCCCCGCUCCUGGGCGUACGACAUGUGGGGUGUGGGGGUGGUGUGGCUGCAGCUGCUGAUGGCGACUCCGCAGGUGUGGCAGCUGCCCGCCGCCACCACCGCGCUGCUGUCCACCCGACUGGCGCUGCGGGGGCGACCCGAGGCGGAGCAGCACCCGGUGUUCCUGCUGAGGGGGCUUAUGGAGUGGUGCAUCUACCCGCCGCAGGCCCCCACCACCUCGUCAGCCCCCUCUCAUCCCGCCACGGGUCCCCUCACCGGCGUUGGCAGACCCCAGCGCUCGCACGCUGCACCCCAGGGGCGGCAGCAACGGGAGGGGCAGCAUCAACCGGAGGGGCAGCAGCAGGGGCACCGGGAGCAGCAACAGCGGCGGACACAUGAGGAAGAACAACAGCGGCGGACACAGGAGGAGCAGCAACGGAAGCACCCACAAGCCUCCUCCCCCACCUCCACCUCCUCCCCCACCUCCACCUCCUCCCCCACCUCCACCUCCUCCGCCUCCUCCUCCACACCGCUCAUGUCUUGGAGCUGCACGGAGGAGGCCCUGCUGCGCCUGGCCAGGAGCAGGGACCCCACGGGUGAGAUGCGAGCACCUACCUACCUGGGGGGGGAGAAUAUCCAAUGUGUGGCGUGAUGAUAGUGGUAAACUAGCUGACAAGCCCUGAUGGAAAAUCCGUGAGUCGAGCCGAACUGGUGACUGAAGCGUUGCGAGCUAAACUUACCAAACUUACCAAUUACGGAGCAACCUUCCCAUAGUCGUGGGCGUGCGUGGACGCGGCUGAAGGUGAGCUGGAGACCCACCGCGCCGUCGGGCACAAACAAACAACAGGAACAGCACAAGACGAGCACGUAAUACAGUGACCGACACAAGAGAAGACACGUACCUGCGUGCACCGGAUAUGUGCACCAUGAUAAUGUCCAGGGGGGGAGGGGGGUACGACAGCACUAGGCAACAAGUGCAGGCAAGAAAGAGCUGUCCGCUGUCGCUGCCGCCGCUAUCCGAUGCCUCGCCCUUACACCGCUAUGCCUGCCUGAUUACCGG